GCACGCAGCGUCAAGUCGUUGUCGACCAUGGCGGAAUGUGUUCGACUUGACAGCAGCACAAGUACUCACACCAUGGAUAAAAGCAUUACUCUGCCGCCCGACGAGAUAUUCCGCAAUCUGGAGAAUGCAAAGCGGUUUGCAAUUGACAUAGGUGGAUCCCUCACGAAGCUGGCCUACUACUCCACUGUGCAACACAAAGUGGCCAAAGUACGAUCUUUCGACCACUCUGCAAAGGAGGCUUCCAGUGACAAGCUGUAUGAAAUAUCAGUGCAGGAGGAAGUCACCGCACGCCUUCACUUUAUCAAAUUUGAAAAUGCCUACAUCGAAACAUGUUUGGACUUCAUCAGAGACCAUCUGGUCAACACUGAAACCAAAGUCAUCAAAGCCACAGGCGGAGGAGCACACAAGUUUAAAGAACUCAUCGAGCGGAAACUCGGACUCAAAGUGGACAAAGAGGACGAGAUGACCUGCCUCAUAAAGGGCUGCAACUUUGUGCUGAGGAACAUUCCCCAUGAGGCGUUUGUGUACGCUAAGCACGCCGACUCGGAGUUCCGCUUUCAGACGACUCAACCGGACAUCUUCCCCUACCUGCUCGUAAACAUCGGCUCUGGUGUGUCCAUCGUCAAGGUUGAAUCAGAGGACAAGUUUGAGCGAAUAGGAGGAAGCUCGAUAGGUGGAGGGACGUUUUGGGGCCUUGGAGCUUUACUCACCAAAACGAAGAGAUUUGACGAGUUGCUGCAGUUGGCCUCCAAAGGGCAGCACACGAGUGUGGACAUGCUGGUGAAAGAUAUCUACGGAGGAUCGUACGGGUCUCUGGGCUUGACUGGAGAUCUGAUUGCGAGCAGUUUUGGAAAGUCAGCGACUGCUAACAAAGAGUUCUCUCAAGAAGACAUGGCGAAGAGUUUACUCCACAUGAUCAGUAACGACAUCGGACAGCUGGCCUGUCUGUAUGCCAAGCUGCACAACCUGUCCAGGGUUUACUUUGGAGGCUUCUUCAUCAGAGGACAUCCUGUCACCAUGCACACCAUCACGUACAGCAUCAACUUCUUCACAAAGGGGGAAGUUCAGGCCUUGUUCUUGAGACAUGAAGGUUAUCUGGGAGCCAUUGGAGCUUUUCUUAAAGGAGCAGAGGAGGACAAUCCAAACCAGUACAGCUGGGGGGAGAACUAUGCAGGAAGCUCCGGCCUGAUGAGCGUCUCUCCAGAAAUGAAUCCCAUGCAGCGUGCACGGAGUGGAACGUUCGACAUGUUGGAGAUGGACCGCCUGGAGAGAAAGCUGGUGAAUCUGCCCCUGCUGCAGGACCCUUCAUCAUACAUCCCCGACACUGUGGACCUCAUAGAGGAUGCUCUGGCCCGCGAGUACUGGCUCUACUGCUUUGAAGACGCGCUGGACGGGGUGGUAAAGAGAGCCGUAGCGAGCCAGCCUGACAUGCCAGAGGCCGCCGAGCGAGCCGAGAAGUUCCGUCAAAAAUACCGACACAAACUUCAGACCCUCCGCCAACAGCCUUUUGCUUAUGGAUCCCUCACAGUCAGAAGUCUGUUAGACACGAGGGAACACUGUUUAAACGAGUUCAACUUUCCUGAUCCCUACUCGAAGAUCAAACAGAAAGAGAACGACAUGGCUCUGAAGUACUACCAGAAGGCGGUGAAGUCCUUGGACGAGCUGAGCUGGGAGGAGAGACAGUUCGCCCUCGUCAGGGGCGUCCUGGCCGGGAAUGUGUUUGACUGGGGAGCCAAGGCCGUGUCAGAUGUCCUCGAAUCUGAUCCUGAGUUUGGGUUUGCGCAGGCGAAACAACAGUUGGAAGGGCGGCCGUGGCUCAUCGAUUCCUUUGACCGGUGGUUUGAGAGACUAAAGGGUCCUCCUCAUAGGUGUGCCUUGUUUUUCGUAGAUAACAGUGGAGUAGACAUCAUUCUAGGAGUGAUGCCUUUUGUCAGAGAGCUCCUCUCUCGAGGAACAGAGGUUGUGUUGGCCAGCAACUCCGGUCCGGCUUUAAACGACGUCACAAACGGUGAACUGCAAAUAUUGACUGAAAGAAUCGCUGCCAUGGAUCCAGUGAUUCAGGCGGGUUUGAGUGAGGACAGGCUGACGUUGGUUCAGAGCGGUUCCAGUUCACCCUGCCUGGAUCUGAGCCGUCUGGACAAAGUUCUGGCUAAUGUGGUCCGGGAGCGUAAAACCGACCUGGUGAUCAUCGAGGGAAUGGGCCGAGCCAUCCACACAAACUACUAUGCCAUGCUCAGCUGCGAGAGCCUCAAGAUGGCCGUCAUCAAGAACUCGUGGCUCGCCGACCGGCUGGGAGGGAAGCUGUUCAGCGUCGUCUUCAAGUACGAGGUGCCGGAUGGACAACCGAGCCAGGACUCUGCGGCUGGGACGCCAUCGUGAGUGAGACUGAGCUCAGGUUUGAAAAAAAAAGAAGGAAAAAAGGACAGAACGCCAAAGUCGAGCGAGCAGAGCGGAUCAGCUCGAGACCUGAAUGUAAGAAGGAGGACGAUCGUAUACUGCCACUGAGUGAGGGACUGAUUAGCAAAGCUGAUUUUUGAAGUAUAGGAGAGUUUUAAAGGAUUAGCGGGACG